GACCAGAUUGUUACCUUGACUUCUGACCUACAGCUGGAGGAUGAGAUGACUGACAGCUCCAAAACAGACACUCUGAACAGUAGCUCCAGUGGCACAACAGCUUCCAGCAUAGAGAAGAUCAAAGUCCAGGCCAAUGCCCCACUCAUUAAACCUCCAGCCCACCCAUCUGCUAUCCUCACAGUUCUGAGAAAGCCAAACCCGCCACCACCUCCUCCAAGGUUGACACCAGUGAGGUGUGAAGAGCCUCAAAGAGUGGUGCCAGCCAUCAAUCCUGUAAAGACCAAUGGCACCCUUCUACGGAACGGAGGCUUACCAGGCAGAACCAACAAAAUUCCAAAUGGAGACAUCUGCUGCAUACCCAAUAGUAACUUGGACAAGGCUCCAGUGCAGUCUCUGAUGCACAGACCUGAAAAGGACAGGAGUCCCCAAGCAGGGCCUCGGGAGCGAGUACGGUUCAAUGAAAAAGUACAAUACCAUGGCUAUUGUCCUGAGUGUGAGACCCGGUAUAACAUAAAGAAUAGGGAGAUCCAUCUGCACAGUGAACCGGUCCAUCCACCUGGAAAGCUCCCUCACCAAGGUCCUUCCUUCCCUCCUCCACCUCAUCUCCCCACUUUCCCAUUAGAAAAUGGGGGGCCGGGAAUAAGCCACAGUAACAGCUUCCCCCCUCCCACGCCUGCAGCUGUGCCUCCUCCCACUGCACCAAAACCACAGAAGACCAUCUUGAGAAAAUCCACCACUACCACAGUGUGAUGUCUGCCAUUUAAGGAAACUUUUUGUUUGUUUUUAAUUUUCUAUAUGAUAAACGUAAAAUGAUAAGUAAUGAGCACUUUCUACUCAAGCAAUAAAAAGCCCAAAUAUAUUAAUCUGCAUUCAACAAAGUGGCAUAAAAAUCACCUGGUAAGUAUGCAGAGUGCUGCUUCUGUACUGGGUGUACAUUGUUUUACAUGUUCCAUCAUCAGAAACUGGCAAAUAAUGAGGAAGUAUGAAUGCAUUUUAUGUUUUGCAAUUACCUAUGACAAACUGUGACCUCCAGAUUCCAAGUAUUUUGAUUUAUUAUAAGAGAUGGGCUGUGAAAUAUUUUGAUUUGUUGAUAAAGCCAGGGCAAUUCAUUUCAUUCAUGCCUAACUCAUCUAUGCAUUGAUGAUGUCAUAACCCUCCCUUUGAUCUAAUGUUUUCUAAUAAGAAUUUUAAUACCGAAGGACUAUUUUAUUAUUUUUCUAAAGAUGUUUGUCAACAAUUUUGCAUCAUGAAAUGCUGAGGACAAUACCAAAAAGUUUAUUUUCUAUACUAUACAAUUAUGACACAUGUGUUCAAAUAUAUAUGUAAUAAAAUAUUUUGAGCGUUGGAAAAUUAUGUCAAUAAAUAAUAGUAAAUAAUGAGAAAGCCUAAUGUUCCUGAGGACUAAAAUGAAACAGGGGUUCCUUUAACCCCAUGUUAUCAAUUAUGGAAAUGGGAAGCAAAUCCCAAGAGUUUGGACAAGAUGACACUGACUGGACAUCAGAAUUUCUAGACAAACUCGUUCAGCCCAUUUGGUAAGUACGUCCUUCCAACAGUUUCAUAUUGUACACCUCCAUUAUGGUACAUCUAGAACCAUCUGUUGAAAGCCUUGGAUGUUGUCAAGCCUUUUUUCAGGACACA